GGAUAAUAUUGUGUGUGCUCUAAUCACUAGGGGGAAAACCCAAUAAACAAGAACAAAAUGGCUGCGCCCAUAAAAACAACACAUUGGAGAAAGUUUUUAUUUCAUUUUGCUGGCGAACACUUAGAUUUUAAAUUGCCAGAACUGAAGUCUAUAGCUUCAAUAUUUGACAUACACCUUGACAUUGAUGAAGCAGCAUAUUCCAAAGAGAAUCCAUUUUUGGUUGUUCGUUUGUCAUCUGAGGAAGAUGCUAAGAAGAUUAUGACACGGACUGUACUAAUUAGGUCAGCAUGUGAACUGUGGGCCGAGGGACGAAAUUAUACAGAGCUGUGUCACAACAUUGAGAACAUUCCUAAAGCGUUCAUUUCUCCAUUCCUGUCUACAAAAUUUACAUACAAGGUUCAUGUUGGCAGUUUCAACAAAAAGAUUUCAAAUAAAGAAAAGGUUAAAAAGAUAGAGAGUCUCCCCCUAGAUGAUAUCACCCGGUAUGGAACGGUCAAUUUGUCCGCCCCGGACCACACCUUUGUUCUGCAGGAGUACUAUGGUUACGGGAAAACAAAUGCUCCAGACCAUCCCUACAAUAUUUAUUUUGGUAGAUGGAUAACAGACGGACAGAGAGACAAGAUUCAAGAUUACCAUUUACAAAACAGACAUUUUCUUGGAAAUACAAGUAUGGAAGCUGGUCUUUCGUUGAUCAUGGCGAAUUUGGCUAAAGUGGACAAAAAUUCUUUGGUCUUUGAUCCUUUUGUUGGUACAGGCAGUUUGUUGGUUGCUUGUGCUCACUUCGGGUCUUAUGUGAUGGGCACCGAUAUAGACUACCCUCUCCUUCACGCAAAAGCCAAACCGAGUCGCCACAAACAAAAAAAGCGUGCAGCGGACGAGAGCAUCAGGUCUAACUUGAAACAGUAUGGUUUCGAGAGUCAGUACAUUGAUGCACUGGUGGCCGAUGCGUCGAAGCACCACAUGUGGAGACACCAGUCUAUGUUUGAUGUUAUUAUUACUGAUCCACCUUAUGGUAUCCGUGAGGCGACACAGAAGAUAGGACCAGCCACAGAAAAUUACGUUAUCGAAGAUGAUGUACGAGAGGGCCACGUGGCACAGCGGAGUCAGUAUGGGUUGUCCGACAUUUUUAAAGAUCUCCUCAAUUUUGCCGCCAGAUAUCUGCGGCUUCACGGAAGAAUUGUUUUUUGGUUUCCAGUGGUCAGACGAGAAUACUCGGAGGCUAACAUUGCCAAACAUCCAUGUCUGCACCUCAUUAGUAACUGUGAACAGAUCCUCAACACAAAGGUUGCUAGGCGACUCAUCACCAUGGAGAAAAUGGCAGAAUGCACAGAUGUUGAAAAUAGUGCGGACUACGACAUAGACCAUUAUGGAGAGGCUUCAUUCAGAGAACGCUACUUCCACAAGAACAAAGGACACGACACUAUCACUGAUGACGUGGAACAUUCUCAAGUGAACAUGGAACGCGUAACAAUCAAAGAUACAUGAUCACACAUUACAUAGUCACAAUUUAGGGAUAUUUUACGCUCACUACUUCCACAAGUCACAAGAAUAUGACACUACUGCUGAUGAUGUUGAAUAUUCUCAAAUGAAUAUGGAACAUGUAACAAUCAAAGAUCAUGAUCACACAUUACAUGGCCAUGGUUUAGGGGUGUUCAACAAUUGGUGACAUUGGGAGGCAAAAGUCAAAUGUGUAUACCAUCUGCUAACAAAAUAAAAUUUUAUUUUUGUCAA